CCUCUUAACUUCACAGUUCACACCUCCUUCCUUGUCUGAUCCAAUUUCCCGUCACUUUCUCAGAAGUUUUCUCGAGGAAACAAAAAGGAGAAGACGAAAGCCAAAUUCUCUCGGUUUAACACGAAUUUUCUUUGGAUCUAUCCCUUGGCUGCAUCAAAUGGAGCUAUCUCAGCAGUUCAAGGCCGUAACCCUCACACACGUCCGGUACCGUCGCGGAGAUCAGCUCGGGCACUUCCUCGCAUGGAUCUCUCUCGUUCCGGUCUUCAUCAGCCUCGGCGGAUUCGUCUCUCAUUUCCUCUUCCGCCGUGAGCUUCAGGGGAUCUUCUUCGGUAUAGGUCUCGUGAUCUCGCAAUUCAUCAACGAGUUUAUCAAAACGUCCGUAGAACAGGCUCGUCCAGAGACCUGCACGUUGCUCGAAGCUUGCGAUUCACACGGAUGGCCUUCCAGCCACUCGCAGUUCAUGUUCUUCUUCGCGACCUAUUUCAGCAUGAUGGCUUGUAAAGGAAUCGGGUUCUGGUUCGGGUUAAGGAGCAGAUGGGUUCUCAAUCUCCUCCAUUGGUCUCUAGCUGUUGUUACCAUGUAUUCUAGGGUUUACUUAGGCUACCACACGGUGGCGCAGGUUUUCGCCGGCGCUGCGUUAGGGGCGAUUGUCGGGGCUAGCUGGUUCUGGGUGGUUAAUUCUGUGCUGUAUCCAUAUUUUCCGGUGAUUGAGGAGAGUGCAUUGGGGAGGAUGCUCUGUGUCAAGGAUACUUCGCAUAUUCCUGAUGUGCUCAAGUUUGAAUAUGACAAUGCAAGGGCUGCUAGGAAGAACAUGGGCACGAAGUCCGAUUAAUUUGCCUGAUUUGAUCUUUGGUCAAGAACUCUGGAAAGCUUUGUUUAGCCAGUGUUUGAAGACUUUAUGACAUUGGUGAUAUUAUCUGCUCAUCUGAACACGAUACUGACGAGAGGAACAUUCUUCACACUUAUUAAGUCAUCUUUGCUUCCUUUUGUCUUUGUACUCACCUAUCUAUUAAAAGAGACAUUGGUUCAUAAAUUAAAGAGAAAAGUUGAAGAAAAAUGA